AGCAUCCUAUUUCUUACUGAAACAAAUGAUUGAAUGAAUGAUUUCGUUUUUCUCCUGUUUCAGUCACAUGUAAAAAUGAUAACUCCUAUGUUGCUGAAGUUGUUCAUUUUUGCAUCAGUUUAUCAAGAGUGUCAUGGAGAAGACAGUGUUGAUCAGCCAGAUCGACACAUCUCUGAAUUCGAACAAAGAUCAGUAACAUUACAAUGCAAAUAUAAAACAACUUCACCACAACCAGAACUUUUCUGGUACAUCCAGAAAGAAAAUGACUUUCCUAAAUACAUGCUGAGGAGAAACAAAUAUGGAGGUAAAGAUAAUGAUGCUCAGUUCCAGAAGAGAUUUGACUCUAAAGUGUCAUCAGAUUCAGUUCCACUGACGAUCAAGAACCUACAUGUAUCUGACUCUGCUGUGUACUUCUGUGCUCUGAGGCCCACAGUGACAGGAAACACAACAACACUGUACAAAAAACCUGACACACAUCAUUGCAUCUACACAGGGGCGGAUUUAGACAUUUUGGGGCCCAAGGCAAACACAGACAUGGGGCCCUCUACAUUGUCAUCUGGACAGGACAGGGUUGAACAGUCUUCAGAAGAAAUGACUGCGAGUGAAGGAGCUCAAGUUAUUGUAUGGUGUAAAUAUAUUACCACUGAUACAGCCCCAUACCUCUUCUGGUGCAAAGGCUUUCCUUUAACCAGUGGUGGGGCAAAAACAAGAGAAAGGGUAGACUGUAUCAUCACACAGAAAGCAGGAAGUUCCAGUGUGUUUGAGAUUGAACCUGCAGAGACUCACAGUAACACAGAUCUACAGCUCAGAGCACAACAUUAA